GUAGCCAUUUAUGUAGACAUCAGAAGUGUGGCAAGUGAAAGCAGAGACGAGAGUGUAGCAGGCAGCAAUGGAAGAAGAAACCCUAACAAUGGACAAUACAACUUCUUCCGACUCUGACGGAGACGACGAUCAAACUGCUCUCGAAUUACAAACCCUAGCAACCGAACUCUCCACCAAUCCAGCCAACUACGAUGCUCAUCUUCAAUAUAUAACGGCUUUGAGGAAAGAAGGGGAUAUCGACAAACUGCGGCUAGCAAGGGAAGCUAUGAGCCAGCUCUUCCCCUUAACUCCUGCAAUGUGGCAGCAAUGGGCAAAUGAUGAGAUUUCGCUCAUCUCCUCCUCGUCUCGGUCCGAGGAUGCCGUUUCUACGAUUGAGAAGCUCUAUGAGCGUGGAGUCUCUGAUUAUUUGUCGGUCUCUCUGUGGUGUGACUACUUAAAUUUCAUUCAAAAACAUGAUUCUUCUGUUCGUGAAUUCUCACCGACUGGAAUUUCAAAGGCAAGGGACCUAUUCGAGCGUGCACUUAUUGCAUGUGGUUUACAUGUUGCUGAAGGUAGUAAAUUAUGGGAAGCAUACAGAAGUUUUGAGGAAGCUAUUCUUAAUAGCAUGGAUGAGACAGACUUGGAGUCAAGGGAAAAGCAGGUUCAAAGAGUUCGUAACAUAUUUCAUCGCCACUUGUCUAUUCCUCAUUCGGACAUGACGUCAACUCUUUUGACCUACAAGGCAUGGGAGUGCGAACACGGAAAUACACUCGAUGUCAAUAGUAGCAGUACAGAUGGAAUUUCACCUCAUGUCGCUUCUGCUUAUCAGAAGGCUCUAGACAUGUUGAGUGUACGCGCUGAUUUUGAAGAAAAAAUAGCAGGAAGUGAUGUGUCCGAUACAGAACGGCUUCAAAGUUUUAUGGCUUAUUUGAAAUUUGAACAGUCCUCUGGAGAUCCUGCUCGAGUUAAGAGCUUGUAUGAACGAGCAAUAACUGAAUUUCCGAUAUCUGGUGAUCUCUGGAUUGAUUACACCAACUACCUCAACAAAACGCUAAAGGCCGACAAAACUUUGCGGGAUAUAUAUAACCGCUCUACAAGGAACUGUCCCUGGGUUGGAGAACUAUGGGUUCGCUUCAUGCUAUACCUUGAACGAAGUCGUGGUUCUGAGAAAGAUCUUUCUGACGUUUUUGAACGAUCUCUGCAAUGCACAUUUUCUACCAUAGAUGAGUAUGUAGAUAUAUUUCUCACCAGAGUUGAUGGCCUGAGGAGGAGAAUCUCGUUUGCUAAAGAUCUCGAUGAUGGCUUAGAUUUUUCGUCGAUAAGGAAUACCUUUCAGAGGGCAUGUGAUUAUUUGUCACCACAGUUAAAGAACACAUCCAGUUUGUUGCAAAUACAUAGCUAUUGGGCCCGUUUGGAGUCUCAUAUCGGAAAAGAUAUAGCUGCGGCUCGUGGAGUAUGGGAAAGCUUGCUUAAGAACAGCGGGUCUAUGUUAGAAGCUUGGCAAGGCUAUAUAUCAAUGGAAACCGAGAUGGGCCACAUAAACGAAGCUAGAUCUUUAUAUAAACGAUGCUACAGUAAAAGGUUUGCUGGGACAGGCUCUGAGGACGUAUGCAACUCGUGGAUACGCUUCGAGAGGGAAUUUGGUACACUAGAAGAUUUUGAUCAUGCUUUACAAAAGGUGAGUCCUCGGCUGCAGGAGCUACAGUUAUUUAGGUUACAACAAGAGAGCAAAAAUGUUACUUCAUCAACAGAUCAUAAAGACGAUCCUGUUAAGAAAGUUAAAGGUGAAAAGAGAAAGUCGUCUUCAGAAGCUGCACCUAAUGAAGAGUCACCAGCUAAGCGGCAAAAGGUUAAAGCUCAGAAUAAGGGUUCCGCUAAAGCAAAUAAAGCGGAUAAUUCAACAGACCCCACGCCUCAUGCAGAAGACGGCAGCCUGAAAGCAAAAGACCCCAUGCCUCAUGGAGAAGACGGCGGCCUGAAAGCAAAAGACCCGACGCCCGAGAAAUUCAAGCAAUACACUGACCAAUGCACUGCCUUUGUAUCAAAUCUUAAUCUCAAGGCAACUUCUGAGGACCUACGAGGUUUCUUCAGUGAUGUUGGUGGGGUUGGGGCUAUUCGAAUACUAAUGGACAAGUUCACUAAAAAAUCAAGGGGAUUAGCAUAUGUGGACUUCUGUGAUGAUACACACCUUGAGGCAGCUGUGGCUAAGAAUAAACAAAUGCUUCUCGGAAAGAAGUUGAGUAUUGCGCGUUCUGAUCCUAAGGGCAAAAGAAAAGGGCCCGCUGGGCAUAAAGCUUCAACAACAGAACGCCGAGGUGAAGAUGGAAAAGUUGAACUAAAGGGGAGAAACACGUUUGCGGUUCCAAGAGCCCUAGGGUGGUCUAAACCGCCAUCUUCUUCCUCUUCAGCUGCGGGUGACGAGAAGCCUAAAUCGAAUGAGGAGUUGAGGAAGUUGCUCCUAAACAAGAAAUGAAUCGAAACCCCCCUUUAAAUGAUGUUUGCCGAAAUUUACUAGUUCUGAUCAUGUGAGGUUCUUUAGUUUUACUAGAAAGAUAUUUUACUGGUCAUACAGGUUUUUUAUAGCGUUAUUAAUGGAUUAUGUGAAUUAAGUGUG